AAGACAAUCUAAAAUAGAGAAAAAAAACUAAAUAAAAUUAUUCGCCGCUCCAGUCCAGGAGGUGGCGGUAGCGUACAUGUAGCUGUUAGUCCAUGGACGCAAAGCGCAUGCGCACUAAAGAUUUCCGUUGGCGUGAUCCUGUCGUUUUGAGUUGAUCAUCAGGGGGGAUCUGUGUGGAGUAAUCAUCCAGUUUUCACUGGAUACUCGGGUGAAGGCGUGAGAGUGUCCAUCAGCUUGCAACAAUGGAUUUCCAGCAUCGAGCUGGAGGUAAGACGGGGAGCGGUGGGGUGGCGUCUGCCUCUGAGAGUAACCGCGACAGACGAGAGCGGUUACGUCAGCUGGCCCUGGAGACCAUUGACAUCAACAAAGACCCCUACUUUAUGAAGAAUCACUUGGGAUCAUAUGAGUGUAAACUUUGUCUGACUCUUCAUAACAAUGAGGGAAGCUACUUGGCUCACACACAAGGAAAGAAACAUCAGACGAACCUAGCAAGGAGAGCAGCUAAAGAAGCAAAAGAAGCUCCUGCUCAACCAGCACCAGCGAAGGUUAAAGUUGAGGUCAAGAAGUUUGUAAAAAUUGGUCGACCAGGAUACAAAGUAACCAAACAGAGGGAUCCAGAGACCGGGCAGCAGUCUUUACUUUUCCAGAUUGACUAUCCAGAGGUCGCUGAAGGAAUCGGACCCAGGCAUCGUUUCAUGUCUGCUUACGAGCAGCGCAUCGAGCCUCCAGAUCGUCGCUGGCAGUAUCUGUUGUUGGCUGCUGAACCAUACGAGACUAUUGCUUUCAAGGUCCCCAGUAGAGAAAUUGAUAAAGCAGAAAACCGCUUCUGGACCCACUGGAACAGAGAAACUAAACAGUUCUUCCUGCAGUUCCACUUCAAAAUGGAGAAAGCUGUUUCCCAGUCCACUGGUCCACCACCUCCUGCCAAUGUGAAACGCCCCCCUCCGCUUAUGAGUGGAGUUGGACCUCGUCCACCAAAUGACUCUCUGCCCCCUCCUCCACCAGGAGGCAUGCCUGUUCCUCCCCUCCCACCUGGUGCCCCAGGUACUCACCAAAUGCCCCACCAGAUGCCGAUGCCCCCUAUGCCAAUGAGGCCGCCCCCUCCAGAUGUUCUUGCAAUGUCUAAUAAUUGAUCCCCUACCAGUGAUUUAUGAUGGCUUUCUUUCACUGUGUACAGUCACGCUGUCCUGCCUAUCUUGAGUUUUUAUCUUUAGAUAACGCAGCUUUAUUAUUUCAACAAAAGUUUGAAAUCCACAUUAAUUUGAUUUUUACAUAGUUGUUUUCUUUAUGUAAAUGUGUAGGACCGUCUGUGUGCAGCAGUAUAAAGAUGAUCACUUUUUUUUAUACUAGCUCAACUUUUAAGGUGUGGUUUUGUAAUAAAAAGAUGUGGAGACAUAAAA